GAUGAAAUGGAAGCAGCAGCAGGAGCGGGGAAUGCGGGCAGAGGUAAAGACAUUGACAACAUCAUCCAAGCAAACGAUGAAGAGAUGAUGGAAACUGAAGAAGCGGCCAUGGAGGAAGAAGUGAAAGAUGAAGCUGAUUGGGAAGGUAAAGAAUGUGGAUGGCCAUGGAAAGUUGAAAGAGGGGGGAAGAUGAGGAAAACGAGAAUGAGGAAGAAAAGCAAGAUGAAGAGGAAGAUGGAGAAGAAGAUAAGCUGAAGGAAGAAGAAAGAUGAGGAUGAGGACGAUGUUGCUCCUAAGAGAAAGAAGCCCAAACCACCACCAUCAGAACAUGAUGGUAGUGGCAAUGAUGAGGACUAUCAUGAGAGUGAUGAGCAAAAUGAAGAGGAUUCAGACUCAGAUGACAUGAAAAAUAUUAGAAAACGUGGGAGGAAGAUGUCAAACUUAGUAGUAAAGAAGAAGCGACGGCUAACAGACUUAGAUGCUGUGGAUGAAGAUGAUGCCAGUGAUGAAGACUUCAUAAAUACAAGUGAGGAGGAGGAGGAGGAGACUGAGGAGUCAGUGGAAUCAUCAUCAUCAUUGGCAACGGAGGUGGAGAGUGAUGACUCAGAUGUUGUCGGUUCAAAGAGAAGACGUAGCAGUAGAUGGGAGAACUUGCCACUACGUCGUUCUGCCCGUAAUCGACGAGGUGGAGAUGAUUAUGAUAGUGAAAUGGAUGAAAGAGUUUCUAAAAAAAAGGAAAGACCCCAGCCUAAAGUCAAAGGUCGCAGAGGUUCAAAUAAAGCCAGAGGUGGAAAGAAAAAUGCAAAAUCCAAACAAAAACAGAAAGCUAAAAACCCCGCAGGAGAUGAUAAAGAAAAGAAACCGAAAAUAAAGUACUCAAAGCCACCCAAGCCAAAAGACGAAGAUCAAGAAGAAGAAACUCUUGCCCAGCGAAGAGUGACAAGAGGACGGCAAGUUAACUACUAUGAUGCUCUCCUAAUGUCAGAUGAAACAGAAGAGGAAGAGCCCCAAAAGAAAUGGAGAGGGAAGGUGAUGAAAGGAGAACGAGUUCCAACAGAGAGCAGUGAAUAUGAAGCUUCCGACGAUGAAAGAAUGAAACGCCGAGGAGUCAGUGGUGGUCUUGGACGGGGCAAAGUCAUGAAAGGGGAAGAAGAGGAUGAGGAGAAUAAGUCAAAUAAAGGGAAAAAGAAAAGAGGUCGACCAAAGAAGGAUGAAUUAAUUGGAAAGCCUUCUCCGACAAGACCAUCCACGAUCCAACCUACACCAAUUACCACCAUAGCAUCAGCAACAUUGGUACCUACUGCAGCAGCAGUACCGUCUACUCCUGCAGUUCCAGCUGUUCCAGCGGUUCCAGCUGUCCCAAGUGUACCAUCUAUACCAUCUGUACCUGCUGCACCUGCUGCUGCCUCUCCUGUUCACCACACUCCAGAACCUGUGGCAUCUGGCACCCCACCUCCUACAAACCCAGCUACUUUACAAACUAACACAGCUUUGCCAACUACCAUAGCAGUUUCUGCAAACAUUGUUGCUGCAGCUAACAUGGGAAGCAAUGCAGCUCCAAUUAAUUUAGGAAAUAAUAGUCCUGGUCAUCAACAACCUUUAGGUAAAUGGUCUCCUCAUUUGUCUGGUGUCAGUGGUGCUCCGGGCACACCUCCUAGGUCAGGGAUGGGUCCCUCUCCUGGUGCAGGAACACCACCAACCCUCCCUGGUUUAUCUGGGGCUCCUGUUACAGCUUCACCACCACCACCCUACAGAUCCUCACCUCUGCCAUUAACCCCUAGUGGACCAGGAGUACCUCCUGGUAGCACAGCACCUAGUAAUAUGCCCCCAGUUGGACCCCCUACAUCAACAGUGGUUCACUCACCUGGUUAUCCACCUUACAGACCUUCAGAACACUUCCCAGCUCAUCCAGCCUUCUCUGGAUAUCCACCACCUGGCAGACAUUCUCCUAAUCCACAUGGGGUACCAUCAAGACACCCAGCACAUUUACCACCUGGACAUUCUCUUCCUCGCAUGUCUGCUAGUGCAUACGCCCCCCCACCACACCCUAGUGGUCCGGGUCCAUAUCCCCCAAGAGGUGUUCCACCUCAUCCAGGCGUAUUGCGAGGACCACCACAUGAUUUGUACAGACCACCACCAACCGGUCAUCCUGGCCAUGGAUCACCAAGUCAUCCUGGCCAUCCCCAUCUUGUGAUGAAAUCUAGCUAUCCUGGUUUAGAACCGUUACCCUAUGCUGGAUCCCCUGGCCCGAGUCCAGGCCCCAUUGGGCUUCACCAGGGAGCCCAGGGUUCACCAGCUCGGCAGUCACCAGUGAUGACAGCAAGGACGAAAGUCUAUCUUCUAAAGGGCCUGGGGAAUUCAGUAGUGGCUUAAUGUCCUACUUUUCUAGCCAGCGUGAUGAUGAUGUUGAGUAAUGUGGAUCAUUUCAGCUUAGAAUGGCAACUCUUCUCGGCAGUUUCAUGGAGGACAUGUAUUUACUCCCUAAUAUUUUUGUAUUCUCAUUUUUGUAAGGUCUCGAGCAAUGGCGCAUAUUUCAUGUUUCAUGUUGACUUAUUCUCAUUCAUGAUGGGUACUGACAGCAGUUACAAAAUUGAUUCUGUGCAUCUUACUUUCCGGAUCAGAUUUAUGAAUUUUGUUGUUUUUGGGUUGAAGCACAAAUUGGGUUCGUGCUGUUGUGGUUUUGAGACCAGACAUUUUACCUGAAGUAAAUUAUUAGUAAAGUGCAGAGAUAUUUUAGAUAUGAUUUUUUUGUGUCUUGUAUGUGUUGUAGUGCUGUACAUAGGAAGCUUUUUGUAUUUCCUUCAAAGGAUUCUGUAAAAUAAUGUGCAAAGUUACAAAGCUAUAAUAAAACUAGGAGAUAA